AUGGGAGCUGCAAUGACCUUGGAAGGCCGAAGCCUGGCUAUUUUUCUCGUCUCAAUUGUCAUGAUGUCGCUUUCCCUUGCCAUUGUGUCAUUGCGAACAUUCGUUCGCUUGUGUAUUGUUCGUGCUUUUGGCUGGGAUGAUGCUUCAAUGAUUGCUGCUCUGUGCCUUUUCAUGCUCUUGGGCUGUUGUUGUAUCGUUGGAUCGAUGAACGGCAUCGGUCACACAUAUACAGACUUUACAAGUGUAGACAUCUAUAAAAAAGCUCUCCUGUGGUGGUGGCUUGGUCAAAUGCUCUACGUGUGGACCUCUGCUGUUGCCAAGAUAUCCAUCGCCCUGGCACUUCUGCGACUGACAGUCAAGAGAUGUCACCGGAUGAUCCUAUGGUGUACAAUGAUUCUCACAGUAUCGAUUGGGCUUAUGUUUUGGCUUUUGCUGUUAUUCGACUGUCGUCCUAUCUCCUAUUUCUGGCGACAAGUGGACCACACGAGUACCGGAAAAUGUCUUUCAAAGGCCGUGUUAUUAAAUGCAGCCUAUGUUUACAGCUCGCUCACAAUUGUGUGUGACCUAACUUUGGGAAUAUUGCCCGCAUUCCUGGUGUGGAAACUGCAAAUGAAUCGCCGGACGAAGUUUGCGGUGGGAGGAAUUUUCAGCCUGGACUCCACCUGGCAAAUUGCAAUUUGGUCUGUGAUUGAGACUGGCCUCGGCAUUACAGCGGGGAGCCUGAUCACUCUCCGUCCUUUGUUCCGCUGGCUGCUCGACGAGAAGAGCACUAAAGAUACCCACCGCCAAGACAAAAAUUUCAGACAAUAUCCACUGUCUCUCUUGAAUAGCGAAGACCUGAAAAGAUCUCAAGACACGAAAUAUUGGCGCCCUGAUAUCGAUUUUGACGACACUAAAAGCAUGAUCAUCACGGUGUCGUCACCAAGGAAAAACAAGUUCAGUCUGAGCAACAGCAGCCAAGAAGCUUUACAUGCAGAGCUCAGUCCUGCUAUCUCGCCAAAUCAUGUUACCGUGCAGCAAACUUUUGUGCAAAUAGUAUCAGAGCGGCCAAAAUAG